AAAGUGUGAGGAACGAGAAAGGGUGUCCCGUCGGCACUAGCACAGACUGCACCGAACAGCUGCAGCCUAGGUUCACAGCAUUGCGAGUAGUACACAUAUAAUUUCAUCCCAAAACCUAUAGAAUAACGUUCACACUAACCAAAUAUUAAAAUGGUUGAUCGCGAGCAGCUGGUGCAGAAAGCCAGGCUGGCUGAACAGGCUGAAAGGUAUGAUGAUAUGGCAGCUGCCAUGAAAUCGGUAACAGAGCUGAAUGAGGCGCUAUCUAAUGAGGAGAGGAACCUCCUGUCUGUGGCCUAUAAGAAUGUGGUGGGGGCCCGUCGUUCCUCUUGGAGGGUGAUCUCUAGCAUCGAGCAGAAGACCUCUUCAGAUGGAAAUGAGAAAAAGAUUGAGAUGGUUCGGGCCUACAGAGAGAAGAUUGAGAAGGAGCUAGAGACUGUGUGUCAGGACGUGCUCAACCUGCUGGAUAACUACCUGAUCAAGAACUGCAACGAGACGCAGCACGAGAGCAAGGUGUUUUACCUGAAGAUGAAAGGCGACUACUACCGCUACCUGGCUGAGGUGGCUACAGGCGAGAAGAGGGCCACCGUCAUUGAGUCAUCAGAGAAGGCUUACAACGAGGCCCAUGAGAUCAGCAAAGAGCACAUGCAGCCCACCCACCCCAUCCGCCUCGGCUUGGCUCUCAACUACUCUGUGUUUUACUACGAGAUCCAGAAUGCCCCUGAGCAGGCCUGUCAUCUGGCCAAGACCGCCUUCGAUGACGCUAUUGCUGAGCUGGACACCCUGAACGAGGACUCCUACAAAGACUCAACUCUCAUCAUGCAGCUGCUCCGAGACAACUUAACACUGUGGACAAGUGACCAGCAGGAUGAUGAAGGAGGGGAGGGCAACAAAGAUUAAUAAACCACACUUAGAAAAAAUAUAUAAUGAAGGGCCGGUGUGCUUUGGCAGGCGCUUUUGCUGAUGAUCGUACCGCAGCAGCACUUCUUUAUUUUUCCAUGUGUUAAAAGAAAAGAAUCAAAAGAAAGGUGAGGGGAGGUUACAUCUUAGGCUAAUAUAUAUAGAUAUAUAUGGUUGAAAGGGCCUCCGUCUUCUUGAUUUUAUCUUUGACAUUUGCCAAAACCACUGAAAUGUCAGUCAAUCCUGAAGUGGUUGUUGUUGGAUUGGUUUGGCAGUCUCACACUGGCAUAGGGACUGGUGUCGUACCAAGGGAAGCUGCUUAGUUAGGUUUAUGCAUGAGAGAUGCAGACACUUGAGGAAGGGGGGAAGUUUGCAAAUAAUUUGCAAUGGUUCCAGUACUAGAAACUCAGCCACUUUUCAACCUCAUAUUCAUUAUCUCAGCACCAAACCAGUGUCUACUUAUGUGGAAAACAUCGCGUUUUCUAUGAUCUGUGGUUAAAAAGAUAAGAAGAAAGGUCCUAAAAAAUGAUUCUGUGACAUCACAGAAUUUCCAGCCAGAGAUGGGUUCUUGCUCCCCACGUCACCGCAAAUCCCAUAGUUUUUGAAAAUCACUUUUUGUUGUGAAUUUGAACAUGAAUUAUGCCCCUAUUUAAGAUUGCUCUAUUUUCUUUUUGUACCUAAUGAUCAAUGAAAACUUGCUCGGUAUGUCUGUCCUCAUUGUGGUUUUACAGACGUGUUUAAUACGUCUUAACACACUUCAUUUGAAUAUUUAUGAAAUGCGUAUUUGGGAGCACUUAUUUGUUUUUCCUUCGCCUCCAACCCCUUUCGAUGCGGAUGUGGGUGGGGCUAGGUCUACAUAAAGGUGCUAGUUUAAAAAACCCUCACAAAAGCUCUGACGAAGGCCGUGAGGCCGAUACAUAAGCUUAUUAAAGAUCAGUGAUACUAUCAAGAGCAGUGUUUCCUUUUUCAUUCAAAAUCACUGUUUUUAAAAUGUUGAUACUUUUGAUGUCAUCAGGUAGAACAUUUUAAUGCUUUUUUUUUUUUUUUUAAGUCAACAAAACAUACAAAUGCGCCGUUUUCACAUAUGUAGAUAUUGGUUUAGUGCUGGAGAUGAUGAAUAUGAGGUUUGAAAAGUUGCAGAGUUGCCCUUUUAAGACUCACUCUUGAAGGGAGUGCAGGACAGCCAAGAAAAUGCUAAUAGUAUUAAUCUGACCAAAUCAACUAGAAAAAGUCAAAUGCAGAUGUUUUGUUAAAAUUUUGGAUGUUUAUUGUAAAGGAUAAAAUACUGUUAUCAAUUUACUCUUUCACAUGACUUCUAGUUUGAGGUAUAUUUGGCAUUAAAUCCAAUGUGACUGUCCUCUGACAGCUCUAAAUAUGAUACUGGAACCAUGGCUUAACCUCCAAUAGAGUCUAUCUAAAGGCAGAGACAGUUUUAAACUGAGUCAUUAUGUUAAAGCAGCUGCGGAGUUUGUGGUUUACUUCUGUGUUUGUUUUAUUAAAUGCACUUGCCUACUACACUGUUUCUUUAGUGUAAGAUGAUUACUACAAUAAUAUCGAUUAUUCAGUAUUGUGCAUGCUGGUGAAGUAUUUAAACAUACAGUAGCUUGACUUUAUUAACUUAUACUGUGGGUGUUAAGUAUUCAUAUGAUUGAGAAAAUAUAGGCUUUGUCUGAUUAUUUCUUAUUUAUAACUUAUUCAUAAUUUGUUUUUAUUUGCUAUAUCAAAAUGUUGAUCGUAAAAAUUGACAUGUUAUGAGCAUUGCUAUAGUGGCAUGCAAUAUGUAUUUAAUUUGUUAAUGGAAGGGGAAAAAAGUGAGGAAAAACACACCAGUGAUUGCUUAAUCUUACCAACUGGUGUUUGUCAUGUUAAAUUAUAAUAAUGGCUUUGUCACAUUAAAUUAUAAUAAUGGCAUUGUAAAACAAAUACUUUGUUCUUUGAACUAUUUGAUUACUUAUUUUGUCAUGUUAUUAACCAGUUUGAACAAUGGUGAAGUUUUCAGAAUCUGUUUCUGUUAUGAAUUCACAACAUGGACCACAAUAUAUUUCUGACAAUAUCCAUUUUUUUGGUUUGUUUUUAUACCUUUUAGCUGUUUGAGUGACAAAUAUCUUGAAUGUGAGUCCUUAUGUAGCAGUUGCACAAGAAAUGAGAACUAUGAUGCUAAUUUAAAAAAACUAUAUGACAAUUAUAAAUGCACCAUUUCCAUGGCAAUCUGGUGUAUUGUUGUGAUGUCACUAAGUCAACGUUUGUGUUUGGUUGUAACCUCUUGUGUGCUGCUAGUAUGCUAUUCUUGAAAUAGUUGAUUCAGCAUCCUCCAUAACCAUAUAUGGAAAAAGAGAAUUAUAACAACACAGUAAAAACCCACUUAUGCUUUUAGAUCCACACAAACUUGCAUGACUCCAGUGCAGUGAAUGCACAUUUAUGCUCAUGAAAUAUAAUGCAAAAGCUAGUCAAAUAAUAGCUGGCUAUUAGGACUUCAGGUUGAAGCAAACAGGGAGAGUCAUUUGUCAUACACUGUUAACAUUAUUUACCACCGAGGGCUGAAUGUCCCAACUGAAUGAUUUCCACGAGGACAAAAGAACAGAUCUAAAUGAUCUAGGACUUUAACAGUGUCCCAAAUGCCACCCUCUUCCCUAUAUAGUGCACUACUUUUGACCAGAGCCCUAUUGGGUCUUGGUCAAAAGUAGUGCACUAUAGGCAAUAGGGUGCCAUUUGGGACACCAUUUAUUCUUUAACUCAUUGUACAUCUCACAUCCUCUGAGCUAACCAUGUAUCCGACUAGAUAUUGCUGAGGAUGUUGUUUUCCAUUUUGCUGCUAUGUUCUAGAUUUUAUUACAUUUAUAAUCUCGAUCAUAAUUGGCCAAAACUCAGCAAUUUAUUAUCUGGCCAUUAUCUGCCCUGGCAAACCCAAACACCUUGAGGUGUGUCCGAUUUAGAUAUUUAUAUUCCUAAAGCUAGGGUGUUACUUUAUGCCAUUCAUCUAGUGCCAUCAACAGAGAGACAGUGUUAUACCUUCCAUUUUUGCCAUGCUAAUCUAAGAACGGUUAACACAUGUCAUUUAGUAAGUACAGUUAACACGUAAUUAAACCUGAUACUUCAUUAAUUUACAUAGUCCCUUCUGGUAUACAAGGCCACUUUGGAACCCUGUAUGUUACUUUUCCCUCUGUAUGUCAACGUAACAGGCGAGAGUUAACAAUUCUGAUUGCUUUUCCUCUGAAAGAAACUUUAAACUCUAUCAUUUGCUUGGUGUAGAUUUUUGGACACAUCAGAAGGGGUGGUUCAUUCAUUAAGUACAUGUUUUGUUUGUGUUUAUUUAUUUUAUUUUUCGUUUGUUCACUCAGAUCCUUGUGUCUGUAAGUUCAGGCAGCACACCACUGUAACAUGUAUGCUUUCUUUUCUCUGAAAUUAAAUUAAACUUCCAUUGAA